GGAGGAUCACAGGUAGGGAAGAGACCAACAGAUUUUUGUGGAAGGAGAGAAGGAAGCCACAAGUACACCUGAGCUAUGGCAUCGCUGUGCUACAACAAGGGCUGUGGGCAGAGGUUUGAUCCUGAGCACAACACCAAUGAUUCCUGCCUGUAUCACCCCGGUGUACCCAUCUUCCACGAUGCCCUGAAGGGCUGGUCUUGUUGCAAGAAACGCACAACAGACUUCUCAGAGUUCCUCUCCAUCAAGGGAUGCACAAAGGGAUUUCACAGCAAGGAGAAGCCUCCUGAGCCUUUUAGCCAAGGGGAAACCUCAGACAAUCAGAAGGCCAAACCAGUGGAGGAGCUCAUCAUCCAAGGACCGAAAUCAGCUGAGAAGAUGCAACGGGAAAGACCAAGCUCUGAUGAGCCAAGACAACUGCUGCCCAUUAAAGUGUCCAGGUCUCUGGAACAGGCACUGGAGAAACUGAACCUGUCCUCCAAAGAUGAGGCACUUGAGAGCAGUUGUGCAAGUAGUGGGGAGACGACUGCCCAGGUGAGAGUCGGCACCACCUGCAAGAAUGCAUCCUGCAAGGUGAUGUACCACGGCCCAGAAACCAACACAGAGGUUUGUACUUUCCAUCCUGGUGUUCCUGUCUUCCAUGAGGGGGUGAAGUACUGGAGCUGCUGCGGAGUCAGAACCACGGACUUCAGCGCCUUCCUCCAGCAGCCGGGCUGCAGCCGUGGGCGGCACUGCUGGGCAGGGAAGGCGGACAAGAAGGCAGUGUCAUGCCGGCAGGACUGGCAUCAAACCAGCAGCCAGGUGGUGGUGACUGUCUAUGCCAAGAACCCGCUGCCUGCCCUCAGCAGUGUGAAAGCCAACCGCACUGUGCUUGAGGUUCACGUCAUUUUUGAAGGAAAUAAGAUUUUCCAGGCUGAAAUGAAUCUUUGGGGGGUCAUCGAAAUAGAGAAGAGCUUCGUGAGCAUGGUCCCUACCAAGGUGGAGAUCACACUUUGCAAAACCAGCUGUGGCUCCUGGGCCAGGCUGGAGCUCCCCCAGAGCAGGUCACACUCCUGUGGUGAGCAGAAGGCUGCCAGCACAAAGGAGCCUAGAGCCACACAGGAGGAGGAUUCAGAUGACAACUUGAGCUGGUCAGAGGAUGAUGGUGAAGAGCUGGAAAUGGGAAUACCGAGCAACUGACAGUCAAGCACUUCAGUGGCUGAGCAGUGCUGGCUUCUGAGCUGCUGGGAACCUUGGCACCUGCUCCAGAGGAGCAGAUCCGGCCCAGAGCCAUGUGCAGGCUGCCGCACACCAUCUCCCCUGGUCAAGCGGCAAGUAAUAAAAACCCAGUGCAAAGGU